AUGAAACAAUCAGUUCAAAGAUAUUCUGUGAAAAUACCUAAACAUGAUGUAAUAGAUAAGAAAGUAUAUUACACAAUAAGUGUGUACAACUUGGAAGGAGGUUAACCUAAGGAGAUGAAAAAAAGAUAUUCUGAAUUGGAGUCCAUGCAUUAAAAAAUAUUAGAGUGGAUCCAAAUAUUCAAAAUUAAGAUUCCCUUGAUUCAUUUUCCUAAAAAGAAGUUUUUGUUUCAUACAAAUUUAAGUGAAGAAAGCAUCAUCAAGAGAAGAGGAGAAUUAUAAUAAUAUCUCAAUGAAAUACUUGCCUGCCCAGAAUUACAUUGUUUAGGAGUGGUGGAGGAGAUGCUUCCCAAAGAUCCCAAAAUAGGAGGACAUAAACAAAAUGAUCAGCCUAUUGACAGGAGAUGGCAAGAAAUUCAAUAACUCAAAGAAUCCUAUUUAGCAAAACAUGGCGAUUCAAUAUUUUCAUUGCCCCAAAAGAAAAUUGAGCUACAAAACAAAUAGUAAUAUAUUUUUAAGUUUGAAGAUCAUAUCAUCUUCGAUGACUCUGCCUUAUAUACAGUCUAAGUAACAGAUACUAUUACAAACAAAAGUUGGAAAUUCACUCAGCGCUUCUAAGACCUAAGAGAUUAUCAUAGGCAAUUGAAAAGCAUUCAUCUUGAUUUUCCAUUGCCCAAUUUCCCUGAGAAAAAAUUAGUCAACAUCUCCGAUGCUACUGAUUUGCGUGAGAGGAAAUCUCAGUUACAAGACUAUUUAAAUCGCAUUUUUGGCUAUCAAACAAUAGUCGAAAGUGACAUUAUGGUAUUUUUCAUUGCCAAAAGCUAGCUAGAUGGCAAUGAAAUUGGCUGUCGAUCUAAAGGAACUUCUUAAACCACUUUAGAAAACUCUAGUAUAAAAUCGAAAAGCCAAACUACAAUAGAAUAAUAUGAUGACGAUCACAAACAACCUCGAAAAAUUACAUGUUGA